AUGGCGACGAACCUGAACGGCGCCGUUAACGGCGUGGGCGACGACGCCUUCACCGUGAAGGCAGGCCUUGCUCAGAUGCUCAAGGGCGGCGUCAUCAUGGACGUCACAAACGUCGAAGAAGCCCGCAUCGCCGAAGAAGCAGGCGCCGUGGCCGUCAUGGCGCUCGAGCGCAUUCCCGCAGACAUCCGCAAGGCCGGCGGCGUCGCUCGCAUGUCCAAUCCCAAGAUGAUCAAGGAGAUCCAAGAAGCCGUCACUAUCCCCGUCAUGGCAAAGGCGCGCAUCGGCCACAUCGUCGAGUGCCAGAUUCUUGAGGCGCUAGGCAUCGAUUACGUCGACGAGUCUGAAGUCCUAACUCCCGCCGACGACCAAUACCACGUCGACAAGCACCAGUUCAAAGUCCCCUUCGUCUGCGGCUGCCGCAAUCUCGGUGAAGCGUUGCGCCGCAUCAAAGAGGGCGCGGCCAUGAUCCGGACCAAGGGUGAGGCCGGCACUGGCGACAUCGUUGAGGCUGUCCGGCACAUCCGUACCGUCAACGCAGAGAUUGCCCGUGCUAAGGCCGCCCUUUCCUCCGGCGGCGACCUGGCUAUUGCUGCUAUGGCUCGCGAGCUGGGCUGCGAUGCCGCGCUGCUUAAGAAGACUGCUGAACUGGGGCGUCUGCCCGUCGUCAACUUUGCUGCCGGUGGUGUGGCUACCCCCGCUGAUGCUGCGCUCAUGAUGCAGCUGGGCUGCGAUGGUGUGUUCGUUGGGAGCGGUAUCUUCAAGGAUGCUAAAGACAGGGAGCAUGCUGCUUCCCGCGCGCGUGCCAUUGUCAAGGCUGUCGCCAACUGGACUGAUAAACAGGCUCUUAUCGAGGCUAGCAUUGAGCACGGGUCAGCUAUGGCGGGCAUCAGCAAUGCUGGACUGAAGCCUGAGGAGAAAAUGGCUGGCAGGGGUUGGUAA